AUGGCUAGCUUCGCCAGAUCCAUAAAGUCCCCUUACCUCUCGCCGCGAAUGCGACCCUCAAUGUCAGGACGAACCUUGUCUACCAGCUCCGAUCGCUCAAACAACAAUUCUCCCAACAGCCCUCGAUCGGACGAUGUUGGUGACUUCGACCUGUCCGGACGCAACACCCCAGCGAUUCCCCAGCACUCGAGGCAAAGUCGAGGACGAGAUGGGUUUUUUGAUGGCGAUGAUAUUGGAUCUCGGACUUCCUAUUUCGCAGAUGAGACUGAGCGACCUUCGAGUACUCCAUCUGCCCCCUCAACACCCCGCAGCCGUAGUCACGCUCGGCCCAUAGCUAUCGACUUGCCUCAGCUCAAGCGAUUCACUUCCGCUCCUGCUCGUACACCACCUGAGCCUCUGUCUGCUCGGGGCGAUCUGCCUGGAGGAUAUUUUCCCCUACACGAGGACCCCAACAGUCGUGUGCACCGCCCACACCCCUUCCAGCAUCAUCCAGACGCACGUAUGAGCCGUCUUAUCUCAGAGUCAGGACCAAUCUACGCGGAUCGUCCCACUUCGCACCCUGCUCAAAGUGCUGCCAUGUCUCAAUCAAACACACCUGUUGCUUCAUACCUUGCCCCAGGCUUCCAUGACAACCCACUUCCAAUGGGCAAAUAUUACCCAUCAAACUAUGAGAACAGAACCGGCAAUCAUAGCAGCAUGCGGCCUCCUUUGAACGGAACUAUGUCAUCCAAUAUUGGUCCUGAUUCUCAGGCAGUCCCUCGUGCAAGUAGCCAAUCAAACCCCGAAACGGAGCUACGUCGAAAAUUACAACAGUAUCAGCGCGACAUGAUCGCGCAAGCAAGUAUGGCUGCCAAUGAGCUCCUCAGCAGCUCGGCCAAGUCGGGCGACAAGCCUGGCAUAUCACUCAACUCUCUGCCACUCCGCGACUCGCGCUUUGCCACACCCGGAUCUCAUAAACCAAUAUCACCAAGACUGCUUCCCUUGGGAAGCCCUGGCCCUGUUACUCCAAUGGAUCUUGAAUCUAUAGGUGGUGGUGAUUAUCUGAGUAGAUAG